UUGUAAAUUUUUUCUGGGUUCAAAAUUUUAUUGACCAAAAAGAAACAGGCAUCCAAUUUUCAGAGAAAUCUCACCAUGAAAAACAUUUCAACUACCAAAUUAGCACGCAUUUUGAAGCAUGUAAUUAACCGCUAUAUGCAAAAUAAUUAAGCAUGUACUAAAGGGCAUAUCCAAACUUAACUAUGGUUUUUAAUUUGUAUUGGGUUGUACUGUAAUUGCAUUGUUUUGUAUCAGCCUUGCAUGUUUGUGUGUCAGCCUUAUUGACAAAAUUCAUAUUAGACAGACAAGAGGCAUCAUAUAUACAAAAUUUAGUAAGCAAUGAAUUAUACACUAGAAAUUCACACAUCCAUAUCAAGGAGAAACAAAGCACUCCUCUUACUGACUCUGAAGUUUUGAACAUGCAUGUUUUAGACUUUAGUGAUUUACUCACAAGGAGUAGAAUUUAAACUAGAUGCCAAAAUUUUAAAUUAAAUUCCAAUAUCCCUACAAAUUAUGUAAUCAGAUCAACAUCAAGUAUCCCCAUUAAUAUUUCUUGUGAUUAUCAUAAUAAUGAUUUUUCUGGGUUAAGAAAACUGUUGAAGAGAUGAAAAGCGCAUAUUUAAACUCCUAAUCCCAUGGCACAAAUAGCUUGACACCGUAUCACAUACCCUAUAUGGUUUAUCAUUAAACUUUUCAUUCUUCUCAUCAACUUCAGAUUUCAUAAAGGUCAUCACUGUUAAAGAUACACACUUAAGUUAACAUUAUAGAGUUCAAAUGUUCUCUUUAAUUGUUCCUUGGUGCUUUUAUCCAAUCCUCUUCUCUCUCGCUCUCAAAAUCUCAUGUUUCCCACUUCAUAUUUUCACUCUCAAACCCCAAAACCCACCUACAAUCCCCACGAUUUCAACCAAGAAAUUGUAAACAACUCUCUCUCUUCUUAUGCUAGUCCUUGGAGCUACGCACUCAAGUUCUUCAAUUGGGCUUGAAGCAUGACACCUGUUUCAUGUAAUUGACUAAUCAUCUAAACCUAAAUGAUCCUUGACAAAGCUCAAUCGUGCUUAAGGCAAAACAAGGCUCCAUGGCAAGUACACCACAAAGCAAACUGAUAGCCCAUUGUAUAGCCUAAAUCCUAUGAAGUUAGUCUUGAAAUUGGGCCUUGGCUAGUUCCGAGAGACCAUUAUAAGGCCUCUAUCUACAUCAACUUGAGGUUUCCAAGUCAUCUAGUAGAGCCAUUAGGUUUCGACAUUUCACGAUAAUUAUGAGGCUUCCAGUUGCCUCUAAGGUUUCCCUAAUUCUCAUGUAGCCUUUAGAAAUUGCCCAAAAAUGACAUCAAGAGAAGAAUUUUAAAUUAAAAAAAAAAAAAAGAAGAACAUGUGGGUGUUGGCGGAAAAGAAGAAUGGAAAAAUUGAAACAUAGGAGAUUUUGUGUGUUUUUGUUUGAGUUAAAGAGAAAAUUAAAUUAGAGGAAGAGAUAAUUGGAAGGGAAAGAGUGGUAACUGAUUAGAGAGAUUCUGUAGUAAGCAAGAUUUAGUUGGUUUAUUUUUAGGAGUAAAUAUGUUAAUUUUAUUCUAUUAUGGGGUUAAUCAGGUAAAUUUAAAAAAAGAGAAACAAUUAAGAAUAAUAUAAUAAUUACAGUUUUUGUAUUUGUAUUAGAGUUUUCUUUGUGAAUAAAGUAAAUUUUAGGGGAUAUAAUAUAAUUUACGUUACCGAACCUUGGGCGGGAAAAUAUUGUUUUCUCCUGCCCACUGGAGGAUUUACGCGCUUUCUUAACGGGUUGCUUUAACGGCUAAUCUCCUAUUUUCAUUAUUUCCUAUUUUCCUAUUCUUAAUAUACUAAGGCUUUUAUUAGCUGAACUUCCCGUUUCUGUAAGGAAAGCUAGCCGGCUUAAAAGACUUAUAAAUACCUUACUUAUUUGCUGAAUCGCAGCAGAAAGUUGCAUGUUAAAAUCCUCCGCUGCAUUCUAGGCUUUGUUCUGCAUUCUGUUUUUUUUUUUCACAUUCUUAGUUGUAGUGGUAUAAUGGUUUGGGAUAGCCGGUGUAGGGGUAAGGUUGAUGAGGAGCAAUUGAGCUCGGACACUCGAAAGAAAGUUACUUUUGACUAUAAUGUCAAAGCUUAUGAGCCUGUUUUGUCUGGGGAGGUCACUAGUAAUUUACCUGAGAUCAGUGAAGUUGGAGAGGUCAAGAAGGAGAAGGAGGAGGAGGAUUCUUUAGUGAGAUCAAAGCAAUCUCAGUCUUUUUCAGAAGCUAGUUCCAUCACAGCCAGCUCGGGUUCUUAUCCUUCUAACUACAGAUAUCAAAACUGCAGAGAUAGUGAUGAUGAAGAUGAUGAACUGGAUUUGGAUAGUGAUCAUAAUGAUGACGAAGAAGCUGAGGAAGAUGACGGGAUGGUGGAUUAUGAUGAUAUCUGUGAGGAUGAUGGUUAUGAUUAUGCUCAAUCAAGCAUGGCUGUGGGCAAAGCUGAUACCAAGGAGGUUGUCGCCAGUUCUUCGGUGAUAAGCGGUAUGGAUGAGGGAUGCGUGACGCCAAUUCGGGGUAAUCGAAGAGUAAGAGAUAGAAGUGUAUAUGCCAAUUCUGUUUUGAACCCAAUUGAGAAUAUCACUCAAUGGAAAGCAUUGAAAGCGAUGGGGAAACCACAACUGAAGCAACAGAAAGAGAAUUUCACAGAGGAUCAGGAACCUCGUGCUUCCUUUAGUUUGGAGCCUAGUCUCAAGGAAUUAUCACUCAGCUUUAAAACAAAAAUUUGGCAAUCGAUCCAAGAAGUGAAACCAACAAGUUGAAGUGGAUGCUAGCCUUUCAAACUGGUUGUCUUCAUCAGAAACUACACCCAUUAACCAGAGUAUCUCAAUUUUUUUGGAUGCUACAUCUGAGAAAAGCUUGUCACAAGGAUCAAACUCACUGAGGAGCCAAGAAGAUAAACCUAUUUUAGGUGCUCUAACUCUGGAAGAAAUCAAGCAGUUUUCAGCUUGAACUUUGACCUGGGACUAGAAGAAGGCUAGGGGAAAGUUCUUGUUUGCAACUUCUCUUUGCAAAUAAGUAUGACUUUUAUAAGUAAAUAUAAAAAGCUUUUGUUAUCCAAA